UUGCCCCCGGGCUGACCGCCGCCCCUGGGCUCCAGCCACACCGCACGGGCCUCCAAUGCCAGUUAACUGGAUCCACGGCACCGCUUCCCUCGGGCGUCUCCCCGCGCUGGGAUGUGCAGCCCCAGGGGUCCGCAGCGCCCAGGACAGGCCCGCAGCAACCAUCUGCGGCGUGGGCCAACGAAGCUGAGCGACGCGGGCUACAGGCAGGAUGCUGUGCGGCCAGAACCCGCGAGGGUAGCCCCGGACCCCAGGGCUCCGCGGUCCGGAACCCGCGGGAGGGUCCCUGGACCCGGACGGAGCGGAACGCGGCGGACCAGCCGCUCAGGCUCUCCCGGCCGCUUCCGGUGUCUCGCCGCGGCGCCUCUUCCGGCGCGGCGCCGCGGGUCUGCCAUGGAGCAGGACGACCCGGCCGAGGCGUUGACGGAGCUGCGCGAGCGGCGGCUAGGCGCGUUGGAGCUGCUGCAGGUGGCGGCGGGCUCGGGCCUGGUCGCCUACGCCGUGUGGGCACUGCUGCUGCAGCCGGGCUUCCGCCGCGUGCCGCUGCGGCUGCAGGUGCCUUAUGUUGGCGCGAGUGCCAGGCAGGUGGAGCACGUGUUGUCAUUGCUGCGAGGCCGUCCAGGAAAGAUGGUGGACCUGGGCUCUGGCGAUGGCAGGAUUGUGCUGGCUGCCCACAAGUGCGGUCUCCGCCCAGCUGUGGGCUAUGAGCUGAACCCGUGGCUGGUGGGGCUGGCGUGGCUGCAUGCCUGGAGGGCAGGAUGUGUGGGCAAUGUCAGCUACCGCCGUGAGAACCUCUGGAAGGUGAGCCUGAGGGACUGCCACAAUGUGUCUGUGUUCCUGGCUCCUAGCGUGCUCCCACUGCUGGAGGACAAGUUACAGGCAGAGUUGCCUGCAGGAGCCCGAGUGGUGUCUGGGCGCUUCCCCCUCCCCACCUGGCAACCUGUGGCUGUACUGGGUGAGGGCCUGGACCGCGUCUGGGCCUAUGAUGUCCACAGUGGUGGGCCGGCUGGGCAGGCUGUCCCAGGGCCUAGUUCUGCCUCCGUACCUGGAGCCCCCAAUUCUCAGGUUGGCUGACUGGACACAAUAAAGACUCAGUGGGUUCCA